GAGGUUCGCGGACGGAAGCGCUGGCCCCGUUGUGCCAGAUGGUCCCGUCCCUUAUCAACGGACCCAACGGACCCAACGUCCCUCCCUAGAGACGGGCCGUCAGACCUCACACUGCGCGUUGGAGCCGGAGCUCUGGCUGGGGCAUCGCCCUAAGAAGCAGCAUGGAGCUGCCUAACAGAGAAGGCGGCAGCCCAGGAAGGACCCCUCUAGGCCCAGGGUGCAGCAGCACUCAUGCGGGCCAGAAGUGCCAUGUGAGGAGGACUCAUGCAGACCUAGAGCACAACCUGGGGAGGAUUCUGCUAGGACCAGAUUCUGGGUCGGAGAAGCCUCCUCCAAGCCCUGACCCCAAGCCCCCACCUUUACCCCUGUCCCAGGCCCCACCUAUGCUCUCAGACUUGGGGCAGCCCCGGAAGUUGCCCCUGACAGGCACUGAUAAGAGGUACCCCCUGAUGAAGCAGCAUGGGUUCUACUCUGACAUCCUCAGCCCUGGAACGUUGGCUCAACUUGGGGAAGUAUGCCGUGGCCCUCGCAUGAACCAGGACCUCCUGCGGCAGGCCGACCUUGACAAGUUCACCCCAAAAGUCAGAACCUUUGAGGUUCCUGAGGACUUUGAGAAGCACCUGGAGCAGCAGUGCAUCGGGUCCACCACCCAGAUCCUCACCCAGACUGACUUCCCACUGCAGGCUUAUGAGCCCAAGGUGCAGGUGCCCUUCCUGGUGCUGCCAGGCCAGUGCCCCCGCAAGAUUGAGAUUGAGAGGAGGAAGCGGCUGUACCUGAGCCUGGACAUUGAGCAGUUGCUGGCCAAUGAGGGCAUUGACUCCGAUGAGCUCAUGCCCAGGUGUCCAGAUCCCCAUCACCCCCAGACCAUCGAGCAGGGCCAUGACCCACUCUUUCCCAUCUACCUCCCGCUGAAGGUGUUCGACAAUGAGGAGUUUGACUGCCGGACUCCCAGCGAGUGGAUCAACAUGGGCUUGGAGCCAGGGUCUCAGGACAGGAAACCUGUCCCUGGAAAAGCCCUCCUGCCCACCGAUGACUUCCUGGGGCAUGAGGAUCCGAAGAGCCAGAAGCUGAAGUACGCGUGGUGCAAGGUUGGUGUCCUGGAUUAUGACAAGGAGAAGCAGCUGUACCUGGUGCACAAGACAGAUGAGAAUGGCUUGGUGCGAGAUGAGAUGGGAAAGCCCAUCUUGAAUGGAGGGGUUACUGCUGAAGGCAGGCUGCCCCUCCUAGUCUGCCAGUACUGGGUGCCACGGAUCCAGCUUCUCUUCUGUGCUGAGGACCCACGCAUUUUCACACAGCGCGUGGUCCAGGCCCAUGCCCUGCGCAAGAACACGGAGGCGCUGCUGCUGUACAAUCUGUACGUGGACUGCAUGCCCACUGAGGGCCAGCGGCUCAUCAAUGAACAGAGCCUGAACAAGAUCAAGCAGUGGACCGUGAGCACGCCCCGGAUGCGCAAAGGGCCCUCGGUUCUGGAGCACCUCAGCAGUCUCUCCAGAGAAGUGAACCUGGACUACGAGCGCAGCAUGAACAAGGUUACCUUUGAUCAAAUUGUCUCCUCCAAGCCCGACACAUUCUUCUACGUGACCCUGCCAAAGAAGGAGGAGGAGAAGGUGCCCAAGCAAGGGCUGGUGAGUGUCCCCAAAUACCCCUUCCGGGAGCAGAAGGAGGACUUCACCUUCGUGUCCCUGCUCACACGGUCGGAGGUUAUCACGGCCCUCAGCAAGGUGCGGGCCGAGUGCAACAAGGUGACUGCCAUGUCCCUGUUCCACUCGAACCUCUCCAAGUACAGCCGCCUGGAAGAGUUCGAACAGAUCCAGUCACAGACCUUCUCCCAGGUACAGAUGUUCCUCAAGGACAGCUGGAUCAGCACGCUCAAGGUGGCCAUGCGCAGCAGCCUGCGUGACAUGAGCAAGGGCUGGUACAACCUCUAUGAGAACAACUGGGAGGUGUACCUCAUGUCGAAGCUGCGCAAGCUGAUGGAGCUGAUCAAGUACAUGCUGCAGGACACACUGCGCUUCCUGGUGCAGGACUCGCUGGCCAGCUUCUCGCAGUUCAUCAGCGACACCUGCUGCAGCGUGCUUGACUGCACUGAUGCCAUGGUCUGGGGCGAAGACCUCAUAAACAGCCCCUACAGGCCCCGGAAGAAUCCCCUGUUCAUUGUGGACCUGGUGCUGGACAGCUCGGGGGUGCACUACAGCACACCGCUGGAGCAGUUUGAGGCAUCUCUGCUGAACCUCUUCGACAAGGGCAUCCUGGCCACCCACGCGGUGCCCCAGCUGGAGAAGCUGGUGAUGGAGGACAUCUUUAUCAGUGGCAACCCCCUGCUGGAGUCAGUGGGGCUUCAUGAGCCGCUAGUGGAGGAGCUGCGGGCCGUCAUUGCCAAUGCUGUGCGCAAGGCCAUGAUCCCACUGCAGGCCUACGCCAAGGAGUACAGAAAGUACCUGGAGCUGCACAACAAUGACAUUGCCACCUUCCUCAAAGCCUACCAGAUGCAGUGCCCAUUGGCUGAGGAGGUGAGGGAGGUGGUACUCACCCACCUACAGGAGAAGGAGAUCCUGGACAGCUCACUGCCCAGCAGCAUCAUCAUCGGGCCCUUCUACGUCAACGUCGACAACGUCAAGCAGAGCCUGUCCAAGAAGCGCAAGGCCCUGGCCACUUCCAUGCUGGACAUCCUGGCCAAGAAUCUGCACAAGGAGGUGGACAAUAUCUGUGAGGAAUUCCGCAGCAUCAGUCGCAAGAUCUACGAGAAGCCCAACAGCAUCGAGGAGCUGGCUGAACUUCGCGAGUGGAUGAAAGGCAUCCCCGAGAAGCUGGUGGGGCUGCAGGAGCGGAUUGUGAAGGUCAUGGAUGACUACCAGGUCAUGGAUGAAUUCUUUUACAACCUCAGCACGGAUGACUUCAAUGACAAAUGGGCUGCCAGCAGCUGGCCUUCUAAGAUCCUCGGGCAGAUGGAGAUGGUGCGGCAGCAGCACCUCGAAGAUGAGGAGAAGUUCCUCAAAAUCCAGACCAUGGACCAGAGCAACUUCCAGGAGAAGCUGGAAGGGCUGCAGCUGGUGGUCGCUGGCUUCUCCACCCAUGUGGAGAUUGCGCGAGCACACGAGAUCGCCAACGAGGUCCGGCGGGUCAAGAAGCAGCUGAAGGACUGCCAGCAGCUGGCCAUGCUCUACAACAACCGCGAGCGCAUCUUCGGCUUGCCCAUCACCAAUUACGACAAGCUCUCCAGGAUGGUGAAGGAGUUCCAGCCCUACCUGGACCUCUGGACCACAGCCUCUGACUGGCUGCGCUGGUCUGAGAGCUGGAUGAAUGACCCGCUGUCAGCCAUCAACGCUGAGCAGCUGGAGAAAAAUGUCAUUGAGUCCUUCAAGACCAUGCACAAGUGUGUGAAGCAGUUUAAGGAUAUCCCAGCCUGCCAGGAUGUGGCCUUAGACAUCCGGGCCCGCAUCGAGGAGUUCAAGCCGUACAUCCCGCUGAUCCAGGGGCUGCGCAACCCUGGCAUGCGGAACCGGCACUGGGAGGUGCUGUCCAAUGAGAUCAACAUUAAUGUCAGGCCCAAGGCCAACCUGACCUUCGCCCGCUGCCUUGAGAUGAACCUGCAGGACCAUAUCGAGAGCAUCAGCAAGGUGGCCGAGGUGGCCGGCAAGGAGUAUGCCAUUGAGCAGGCACUGGACAAGAUGGAGAAGGAGUGGUCAACCAUCCUGUUCAACGUGCUGCCCUACAAGGAGACGGAGACCUACAUCCUCAAGAGCCCAGACGAGGCCUCACAGCUGCUCGAUGACCACAUCGUCAUGACCCAGAGCAUGUCCUUCUCACCCUACAAGAAGCCCUUUGAGCAACGCAUCAGCUCCUGGGAGAACAAGUUGAAGCUGACCCAGGAGGUACUGGAGGAGUGGCUGAACUGUCAGCGAUCCUGGCUUUACCUGGAGCCCAUCUUCAGCUCUGAGGACAUCAACUGGCAGUUGCCCGUGGAGAGCAAGCGCUACCAGACAAUGGAGCGGAUCUGGAGGAAGAUCAUGAAGAACGCCUAUGAUAACCGGGAGGUGAUCAAUGUGUGUUCUGACCAGAGGCUGCUGGACAGCCUGCGGAACUGCAACAAGCUGCUGGAUAUGGUGCAGAAGGGCCUCAGCGAGUACUUGGAGACCAAGCGGAGUGCCUUCCCCAGAUUCUACUUCCUGUCAGACGAUGAACUACUCGAGAUCUUGUCCCAGACGAAGGACCCCAUGGCCGUGCAGCCCCACCUGCGCAAGUGCUUCGAGAACAUCGCCCGGCUGCUGUUCCAGGAGGACCUGGAGAUCACACAUAUGUACUCAGCAGAGGGUGAGGAGGUGCAGUUGUCCUUCUCCAUCUACCCGUCCAGCAGUGUGGAGGACUGGCUGCGGGAGGUGGAACACAGCAUGAAGGCCAGUAUGCGGGACAUCAUUGAGAGGGCCAUCAAGGCCUACCCUACGAUGCCCAGGACCCAGUGGGUUCUGAACUGGCCUGGCCAGGUGACCAUCGCUGGGUGCCAGACCUACUGGACCAUGGAAGUGGCAGAGGCCCUGGAAGCCAGCAACCUCAGUAGCCGGCUGUUCCCCCAGCUCACCCAGCAACUCAGUGACCUGGUAGCCCUGGUGCGGGGGAAGCUGUCUUGCAUGCACCGGGCCGUGCUGUCAGCGCUAAUCGUCAUUGAGGUCCACGCCAAGGAUGUAGUGAGCAAGCUGAUCCAGGAGAACGUGGUUAGCGUGAAUGACUUCGAGUGGAUCUCACAGCUGAGGUACUACUGGACGAAUAACAACCUGUACAUCCGGGCCGUGAAUGCCGAGUUCAUCUAUGGCUACGAGUACCUAGGCAACAGCGGGAGGCUGGUGAUCACACCCCUCACCGACAGGUGCUACCUGACCCUGACUGGGGCCCUGCACCUCAAGUUUGGGGGCGCCCCAGCUGGCCCAGCCGGCACAGGCAAAACUGAGACCACCAAAGACCUGGGUAAAGCCUUGGCCAUCCAGACAGUUGUGUUUAACUGCUCUGACCAGCUCGACUUCAUGGCCAUGGGCAAGUUCUUCAAGGGCCUGGCCAGUUCUGGGGCCUGGGCCUGCUUUGAUGAGUUCAAUCGCAUCGAUAUCGAGGUGCUGUCUGUGGUGGCACAGCAAAUCACCACCAUCCAGAAGGCGCAGCAACAGCGGGUGGAACGCUUCAUGUUUGAGGGGGUCGAGAUCCCACUCGUGCCAUCCUGUGCUGUGUUUAUCACCAUGAACCCAGGAUACGCUGGCCGCACUGAACUGCCCGAUAACCUGAAGGCUCUCUUCCGGCCCGUGGCCAUGAUGGUUCCCGAUUAUGCCAUGAUCGCUGAGAUCUCCCUCUACUCCUUUGGCUUCAACGAGGCCAAUGUGCUGGCCAAGAAGAUCACAACGACCUUCAAGCUGUCCUCUGAGCAGCUCAGCUCCCAGGAUCACUAUGACUUUGGGAUGAGAGCUGUGAAGACUGUGAUCUCGGCUGCUGGGAACCUCAAGCGAGAAAACCCCAGCAUGAAUGAGGAGCUGAUCUGCCUCCGGGCCAUCCGCGACGUGAACGUGCCCAAGUUCCUUCAGGAAGACCUCAAGCUCUUUUCUGGGAUUGUAUCCGACCUGUUCCCCACCAUCAGGGAGGAGGAGACUGACUAUGGCAUCCUGGACAAGGCCAUCCGCAGGGCCUGCGAGAAGAACAACCUCAAGGACGUGGCCGGCUUCCUGACCAAGUGCAUCCAGCUCUAUGAGACCACAGUGGUGCGGCACGGCCUCAUGCUUGUCGGACCCACAGGCUCCGGCAAGAGUAACUGUUACAGAGUCCUGGCAGCUGCCAUGACCUCACUGAAAGGGCAGCCGUCCAUCAGCGGUGGCAUGUACGAGGCCGUCAACUACUACGUGCUCAACCCCAAGUCCAUCACGAUGGGCCAGCUGUACGGGGAGUUUGACCUGCUCACCCAUGAGUGGACAGAUGGAAUUUUCUCCUCCCUCAUCCGGGUGGGAGCCAUCGCCUCCGACACCAACAAGAAGUGGUACAUGUUCGAUGGGCCCGUGGAUGCUGUCUGGAUUGAGAACAUGAACACAGUGCUGGACGACAACAAGAAGCUCUGCCUCAGCUCCGGCGAGAUCAUCAAGCUCACAGAGGCAAUGACCAUGAUGUUUGAGGUACAGGACCUGGCAGUGGCCUCACCAGCCACAGUGUCCCGCUGUGGCAUGGUGUACCUAGAGCCCAGCAUCCUGGGGCUUAUGCCCUUUGUCGAGUGCUGGCUGAGGAGGCUCCCUGCCUUACUCAAGCCCUAUGAGGAGAAGUUCAAGGCCCUCUUUGUCAGCUUCCUGGAGGACUCCAUCACUUUCAUCCGGUCCUCGGUGAAGGAGGUGAUCGCCUCAACCAACAGCAACCUGACCAUGAGUUUCCUCAAGCUGCUGGACUGCUUCUUCAAGCCCUUUCUGCCUAAAGAGGGCCUCAAGAAAAUACCCCCCGAAAAGCUGAGUCGUAUCCCAGAGCUGAUUGAGCCCUGGUUCAUCUUCUCCCUGAUCUGGAGUGUGGGUGCCACAGGGGACAGUGCCAGCCGCAUCAGCUUCAGCUACUGGCUCAGGAUCAAGAUGAAGAUAGAAAAUCUGACCAUGCACUUCCCAGAGGAGGGGCUGGUGUUCGAUUACAGGCUGGAGGAUGCUGGCAUCAGCAGCACCAAUGACGAUGAGGACGAAGAGGAGGAGGGCAAGCAGGUUGCCUGGGUGAAGUGGAUGGACUCCUUGGCUCCAUUCACUAUGAUGCCAGACACCAGCUACUGCAACAUUAUUGUGCCUACCAUGGGCACUGUGCAGAUGUCCUACCUGCUGGGCAUGCUGCUCACCAACCACAAACCUGUGCUGUGCAUUGGGCCAACGGGCACGGGGAAGACCCUCACCGUCUCCAACAAGCUCCUCAAGAACAUGCCGCUGGAGUACAUCAGCCACUUUCUCUCCUUCUCAGCCCGCACCUCAGCCAACCAAACCCAGGACCUCAUCGACAGCAAGCUGGACAAGAGGCGGAAAGGUGUGUUCGGGCCUCCUCUGGGGUGUAAAUUCAUCUUCUUCAUUGAUGACCUGAACAUGCCAGCCUUGGAGACAUAUGGUGCCCAGCCGCCCAUUGAGCUGUUGCGCCAGUGGAUGGACCAUGGUGGCUGGUAUGACCGCAAGAUCAUCGGAGCCUUCAAGAACCUUGUGGAUAUCAACUUUGUCUGUGCCAUGGGCCCCUCGGGUGGAGGCAGAAACGCCAUCACCCCGCGGCUGAUGCGCCACUUCAACUACCUGUCCUUUGCUGAGAUGGAUGAGGUCAGCAAGAAGCGCAUCUUCUCCACCAUCCUGGGCAGUUGGAUGGAUGGACUCCUCGGAGAAAAAAGUUACCGGGAGCCCGUGCCUGGGGCCCCCAACAUCUCCCAUUUCGCGGAUCCCCUUGUGGAAGCCACCAUCGUGGUGUACUCCACCAUCACCUCCCAGCUGCUGCCCACCCCAGCCAAGUCCCACUACACCUUCAACCUGAGGGACCUCUCCAAAGUUUUCCAGGGCAUGCUCAUGGCCAACCCAGCCAAGGUCGAGGACAAGGUGCAGCUGCUGCGACUGUGGUACCACGAGAGCUGCCGUGUGUUCCGCGACCGCCUGGUAAACCAGGAGGACUGUAGCUGGUUCGACAAGCUCCUGGAGAGCCACAUGGAGCAGUGGAUGGUGGCCUUCAACGAGGUCUGCCCCUUCCAGCCCAUCCUCUAUGGGGACUUCAUGUCGCCAGGCUCCGACGUCAAGUCCUACGAGCUCAUCACCAGUGAGAAGAAGAUGAGGCAGGUAAUCGAGGACUACGUGGAGGACUACAACCAGAUCAACACAGCCAAGCUGAAGCUGGUCCUCUUCAUGGACGCCAUGAGCCACAUCUGCCGCAUUAGCCGCACCCUUCGCCAGGCGCUGGGCAACGCGCUCCUGUUGGGUGUAGGUGGCAGUGGCCGAAGCUCCCUCACACGGCUCGCCUCGCACAUGGCUGAGUACGAGUGUUUUCAGAUUGAACUAUCCAAGAACUACGGCAUGACGGAUUGGCGCGAAGAUGUCAAGAAGGUCUUGCUCAAGGCUGGCCUGCACAGUCUGCCCAUCACCUUCCUGUUCUCGGACACCCAGAUCAAGAACGAGUCCUUCCUGGAGGACAUCAACAACGUCCUGAACUCUGGCGACAUUCCCAACCUCUACUCCUUGGACGAGCAGGACCAGAUUGUCAACACUAUGCAGCCCUAUAUCCAGGAGCAGGGCCUGCAGCCCACCAAGGCCAACCUCAUGGCCGCCUACACCGGGCGUGUGCGCAGCAACAUCCACAUGGUGCUAUGCAUGAGCCCCAUCGGAGAAGUCUUCCGAGCUCGCCUGAGGCAGUUCCCCUCCUUGGUCAACUGCUGUACCAUCGACUGGUUUAAUGAGUGGCCAGCAGAGGCCCUGGAGUCUGUGGCCACCAAGUUCCUGAAUGAGAUCCCAGAACUGGAAGCCACCUCUGAAGUAAUUGAAGGACUGAUUCAGGUUUGCGUGUAUAUUCACCAGUCGGUGGCCAGGAAGUGUGUUGAGUACCUGGCCGAGCUGGCCCGCCACAACUACGUGACCCCCAAGAGCUACCUGGAGCUGCUCAAUAUUUUCUCCAUCCUCAUUGGGCAGAAGAAACAGGAGCUGAAAACCGCCAAGAACCGCAUGAAGAGUGGCCUCGACAAGCUGCUGUGCACUUCUGAAGAUGUGGGCAAGAUGCAGGAGGAGCUGGAGAUAAUGCGGCCCCUGCUGGAGGAGGCUGCCAAGGACACUAUGCUCACCAUGGAGCAGAUCAAGGUGGACACGGCCAUUGCCGAGGAUACCCGGAAUUCAGUGCAGGCAGAGGAGAUCAAGGCCAAUGAGAAGGCCAGGAAGGCACAAGCUAUUGCUGAUGAUGCCCAGAAGGAUCUAGAUGAGGCUCUGCCAGCCUUGGAUUCAGCCCUGGCCAGCCUGCGCAACCUCAACAAGAAUGAUGUGACUGAGGUGCGUGCCAUGCAGCGGCCACCCCCAGGUGUGAAGCUGGUCAUAGAAGCUGUGUGCAUCAUAAAGGGCAUCAAGCCCAAGAAGGUGCCUGGAGAGAAGCCUGGCUCCAAGGUGGAUGACUACUGGGAGCCCGGCAAGGGGCUGCUGCAGGACCCAGGCCGCUUCCUUGAGAGCCUCUUCAAGUUCGACAAGGACAACAUUGGGGAGGCUGUGAUCAAAGGCAUCCAGCCAUACAUCGACAAUGAAGAGUUCCAGCCGGCCGCCAUCGCCAAGGUGUCCAAGGCCUGCACCUCCAUCUGCCAGUGGGUGCGCGCCAUGCACAAGUAUCACUUUGUGGCCAAGGCCGUGGAGCCCAAGCGGCAAGCCCUGUGGGAAGCCCAGGACGACCUGGAGGUAACACAAAGGAUCCUGGAUGAGGCGAAGCAGCGCCUGCACGAGGUGGAGGAUGGCAUUGCCAUGAUGCAGGCCAAGUACCGAGAAUGCAUCGCCAAGAAGGAGGAGCUGGAGUUGAAGUGUGAGCAGUGCGAGCAGCGGCUGGGCCGUGCAGACAAGCUCAUCAACGGGCUGUCGGAUGAGCGGGUGCGCUGGCAGGAGACGGUGGAGAACCUGGAGCACAUGCUUGACAACAUCUCUGGUGACGUGCUGGUGGCUGCCGGCUUUGUGGCCUACCUGGGCCCCUUCACGAUUGCUGGCCUCCCCAACGACACACUGUCAGUGGAGAACGGGAUCAUCAACCAGUACUCCCAGCGCUGGACGCACUUCAUUGACCCUCAGAGUCAGGCCAACAAGUGGAUCAAGAACAUGGAGAAGGACAGUGGGCUGGAUGUAUUCAAGCUGAGUGACCGUGACUUCCUGCGCAGCAUGGAGAAUGCCAUCCGCUUUGGCAAGCCCUGCCUUCUGGAGAAUGUGGGCGAGGAGCUAGACCCGGCCCUGGAGCCAGUGCUGCUCAAGCAGACAUACAAGCAGCAGGGGAACACGGUGCUGAAGUUGGGGGACACGGUCAUCCCUUAUCACGAGGACUUCAGGAUGUACAUCACCACCAAGCUGCCCAACCCACACUACACGCCCGAGAUCUCCACCAAACUCACCCUCAUCAACUUCACCCUGUCACCCAGCGGCCUAGAGGACCAGCUGCUGGGCCAGGUAGUGGCUGAGGAGCGGCCUGACCUGGAGGAAGCCAAGAACCAGCUGAUUGUCAGUGAUGCCAAGAUGCGCCAGGAGCUGAAGGACAUUGAAGACCAGAUCCUGUACCGGCUCAGCUCCUCCGAGGGCAACCCCGUGGAUGACAUGGAGCUCAUCAAGGUUCUGGAGGCUUCCAAGAUGAAGGCUGCUGAGAUCCAGGCCAAAGUCAGGAUUGCAGAGCAGACAGAGAAGGACAUUGACCUCACGCGCAUGGAGUACAUACCCGUGGCCGUCCGCACCCAGAUCCUCUUCUUCUGUGUGUCUGACCUGGCCAACGUGGACCCCAUGUACCAAUACUCCCUCGAGUGGUUUCUCAACAUCUUCCUCUCAGGCAUCGCCAACUCAGAGAGGGCAGACAACCUGAAGAAGCGCAUUGCCAACAUCAACCGCUACCUGACCUACAAUCUCUACUGCAAUGUCUGCCACAGCCUCUUUGAGAAGCACAAGCUGAUGUUCGCCUUCCUGCUCUGUGUGCGCAUCAUGAUGAACGAGGACAAGAUUAACCAGAGCGAGUGGCGCUACCUCCUGUCCGGGGGCUCCAUCCAGGUCAUGACAGAGAAUCCUGCAAUGGACUGGCUGUCAGACCGGGCCUGGCGAGAUAUUCUGGCACUUUCGAACCUGCCAGCCUUCUCCUCCUUUGCCCUUGACUUUGUGAAGCACCUCUCAGAAUUCCGGGCCAUCUUCGACAGCCUUGAGCCCCACCGGGAGCCCUUGCCUGGCAUUUGGGACCAGUCCCUGGACCAGUUCCAGAAGCUGCUGGUCCUCCGCUGCCUGCGCGGGGACAAGGUUACCAAUGCCAUGCAGGACUUCGUGGCCACCAACCUGGAGCCACGCUUCAUUGAGCCCCAGGCAACCAACCUGUCAGUGGUGUUCAAAGACUCCAACUCCAUCACGCCUCUCAUCUUUGUGCUGUCACCUGGCACUGACCCCGCUGCCGACCUCUACAAGUUUGCUGAAGAGAUGAAGUUCUCCAAGAAGCUCUCUGCCAUUUCCCUGGGCCAGGGACAGGGCCCUCGGGCGGAAGCCAUGAUGCGCAGCUCCAUGGAGAGGGGCAAGUGGGUCUUCUUCCAGAACUGCCACCUGGCACCGAGCUGGAUGCCAGCCCUAGAGCGCCUCAUCGAGCACAUCAAUCCCGACAAGGUGCACCGGGACUUCCGCCUGUGGCUCACUAGCCUGCCCAGCAACAAGUUCCCAGUGUCCAUCCUGCAGAAUGGCUCUAAGAUGACCAUUGAGCCACCGCGGGGCGUCAAGGCCAACCUGCUCAAGUCCUACAGCAGCCUCAACGAUGACUUCCUCAACUCUUGUCACAAGGUGAUGGAGUUCAAGUCCCUGCUGCUGUCUCUGUGCCUGUUCCAUGGGAAUGUGCUGGAGCGCCGUAAGUUUGGGCCCCUGGGCUUCAACAUCCCCUAUGAGUUCACAGACGGGGACCUGCGCAUCUGCAUCAGCCAGCUCAAGAUGUUCCUGGACGAGUAUGGUGACAUCCCCUACAAGGUCCUCAAGUACACAGCAGGGGAGAUCAACUAUGGGGGCCGUGUCACCGAUGACUGGGACCGCCGCUGUGUCAUGAACAUCCUGGAGGACUUCUACAGCCCCGAGGUGCUCUUCCCUGAGCACAGCUACAGCGCCUCGGGCAUCUACCACCAGUUACAACCUACCUACAACCUCAGCGGCUACCUCUCCUACAUCAAGGGCCUCCCACUCAACGACAUGCCUGAGCUUUUUGGCCUGCACGACAAUGCCAACAUCACCUUCGCCCAGAAUGAGACUUACGCCCUGCUCAGCACUAUCGUCCAGCUGCAACCCAAAUCGUCCUCUGUGGGCAGCCAGGGCCGAGAGGAGAUAGUGGAAGACAUGGCCCAGAACAUUCUGCUCCAGGUGCCUGAGCCCAUCAACUUGCAGAAUGUGAUGACCAAGUACCCUGUGCUGUAUGAAGAGUCAAUGAACACCGUGCUAGUACAGGAGGUCAUUCGGUACAACCGGCUGCUGCAGGUGAUCACACAGACGCUGCGAGACCUGCUCAAGGCACUCAAGGGGCUGGUGGUGAUGUCCUCGCAGCUGGAGCUGAUGGCUGCCAGCUUGUACAACAACACUGUGCCUGAGCUCUGGAAUGCCAAGGCCUACCCAUCGCUCAAGCCACUGUCCUCAUGGGUCAUGGACCUGCUGCAGCGCCUGGACUUCCUGCAGGCCUGGAUCCAAGGGGGUAUCCCAGCUGUCUUCUGGAUCAGUGGCUUCUUCUUCCCCCAGGCUUUCCUGACAGGCACCCUGCAGAACUUUGCCCGCAAGUCUGUCAUCUCCAUCGACACCAUCUCCUUCGAUUUUAAGGUAAUGCACCAGUCAGUAUCGGAGCUCAAGAAAAGGCCCCAAGAGGGGUGCUACAUCCAUGGACUGUUCCUGGAAGGUGCCCGCUGGGACUCGGUGGCCUUCCAGCUAGCCGAGUCUCGUGCCAAGGAGCUCUACACGGAGAUGGCUGUUAUCUGGCUCCUGCCGAUGCCCAACCGGAAGAUCCAGGACCAGGACUUCUACCUGUGCCCCAUCUACAAGACGCUGACUCGUGCUGGUAUGGGGCCCAGGGUGGGCAGUCUAUACCACAGGAACACUCUCAACCACAGGCCACUCCACCAACUACAUCAUUGCUGUGGAGAUCCCCACCGACCAGCCCCAGCGACACUGGAUAAAGCGUGGUGUGGCCCUCAUCUGUGCCCUGGACUACUAGACUCAGAGGGGCUAGGGCCAUUAAAGUUGAGUUUUCUAAGCAGUCCACCUGAGCUUUAGCUGCUUACAUCAGGCCCCCUCUGUAGGACUCACUGCCAGGGAAACGGUGGGGGUGAGAGGCUGCAGCAGCCUCAAGAGAGAAUGUGGUUAACGGGGUGAAGAGUGGCAGAUGUGGCAGCUUUGACCUGCCGGACCUGUCCAAAU